AUGGAUCAAGCAGCGAGUCUCGGACGCGUAGAGCAACCUCAUCUUGUCUCGCUGGUACUUCAGUCGAAGAAAGCGCUGCAGCAGGGUGGUCUGCUAUGCUCGACCGCCGACAACAUAUCCAAAUCGUCCGCGCAGUGCGCUGUUGAUGUUCUUGCGCUCGACGCUCGAGUCAGGUGGAUAUCGGACGCGGUGGCUGAACAGCUCAAGCUCGCGGCCAGUGUGGCUAAAAGCAUAGAGGAGAAACGCGCACAGCUGCGAAGGAGCAUUUCGGAAUGGGACAGUUCCCGUGCGCGUCAUGCCGAUGACCUCGAGCGAGUUCUCGAAUCUCUGAGCAGCCAAUACGUUCCGCCAGGUUUCCACCAAACGUCCUCGGAUUCAUCACUAUUUGGCAGCCAACAUUCGCUGAAUGGGAAAGCAGAGGAACGGGGGCGGAAUGGGCAUGCGGUUUCUGCUCAAACAAGUCCGUCUGCGACAAUUCUUGGACUUCAAGACGGGCGAAUGCAUAGUGAUCGCAGGAAGUGGAAGACCCUUCGCGACUUUGUUGACGAUGGGGCAAUAGAGGACGCGUUGGAAAUCAUUGAGAACGACCGUACAGCAUUAGACAACACAUUAGCCAAGACGGAUCACUUCUCAGAGACGCUGCUGAAAUCAAUAGCAACGAUCGGAGAAGCAUUGCAGUCGUCGCAAAGCUUUCCUAUGAUAGAAAGAGAGAUUUCGACCCAGCACGAGCUUAUGCACACCAUGGCUAAGCAUUUGGAGAGCCUCACAUCCCACUAUGACGAGAUGUCCAACGCUCUGCACGACGGGGAGAAUGGCGAGGUAUUCACAGAUGAUGAUAUGGAAGCCAUGAACCGUGAUACCGACGAGUUACCCGCUAUUAUGGCCGAGCUAGAGGACGGCGUAUCUGUGAUCCAAGCCGCUCAUGACCGGUUGGUGCAUGCUAAACAGACUCUCGAGGGGCGUACAGAGAACCUUGCGUCUGUACUAGAUGAUCUCGACGAGCUUGGGGAUAUCAUGACCGAGAUGCUAGAGACGCAGCAGAACACGGAGGCCGAUGUAGACUCUCAGCUAACGGGUCUAGAGCAGCAUCUCGUAACUCUUGAGCAUUUAGUGCAACAAUUCGUCUCGUACCGUAACUCAUUCAGCAAGCUGAUACUGGAAAUCGCCCGACGGAGACAAUAUAACGAAGCUGCGGAAAAUAUAGUGAAGGGUAUGUUGGCACAGCUAACAGCGAUGACAAAGGAGGAAACUCAAGUACGGGAUCACUUCAAUGAGGAGCACGGCGCGCACCUACCGGAGGACAUAUGCUUGUGCAUUAGCAACCUUCCGACGAGAUGGCAGGUCGUACCGUUGUCAGAUGAGGCUGCUGAGACGUUUCCGGAUAUAGACGAAGAUCUUAUUUCUGAGGCUAUGGCGCGUGUGCAUGGGAGUGAUAGAAUCGGCCCAGAGAGCAUAUGA